AGUAUUUAAAGUUAUAAACUUUUAAUAAUUUUUCAUUCAAUUCCGAACAUUCAGAGAUGAAUACUUUACUUUGGACAUUGGUGGGCUCAGCUCUGUGUAUUGUUUACACUGAGGGAGCCUGUGAAGACGAAUGUAAGUUGAAAGAUGGAAUGUGUUCCUGGAGUCAGCCUGGGCUGGACUACCAGGCUAUUGGGAACUGUAGCGAGGGUGUGCUGGGAGUAGGAACUUACUGUGAGUGUGGAACCUGCUGGAAACCAGUCUCGGCCGAUGUCCCGUGUUGUAAGAAAUGCGAGGGGGAAGGAGGAGUGUGCUCUGAAAAGCAACCUUCUCCUGAAUACCAGAUGAAUGAAUACCAAUGUAUUGGAACAUUCCAAGGAGCCCCGACCUACUGUGGUUACUGCUGGAAAGUACCUGAACUUGGACUUCCUUGCACGAAAUUUGUGUGUGCAGAGGGAAAAGGAGUCUGUUCUACAGAAAGACCUGGGGGUUUUAUACCAUGGACAGGUACAGGCCCUGAACCUCCUCCAGCACCUGAAUAUACAGAGUACGGGUUUUGUGACACAUUCACCAAGGACUGCAUUUGCUGGGUUCAUUACACUUUUUAUGAAUGAGAGUAGCUACCUGCUACUCCCUAUUGGAACUAAUAUUAUAAAAAAGAUAUUUUUCUAACUUUUUUUCAAAUUAUUUUGUGUUUCAUUGGCUAAAUAAAUGAUAAUUCUACAAUCAA